GGUCACACUCAUGCACACAUCCUCACACACCACAAACACUGACGAGGGCUCAGUCCUGCUAUGGCCACCACCACCGAGGAAAGCUCUUCGGUCCCGGCCACCAUAGCACCCCAGCAGCCUGACCCGGAAACUAGCGUAGAACCCGGCUCAGCAGUGAAGCCUGAGCCCAGCGAGGCCCAACCCAACAGAGAGCAGAAAGAGGAUGAGGAAGAGGAGGAAGUAGGUGGAAGUUCAGCGCAGGGGCAGGAGAAUGCAAGAGAGCAGAGUCUGGACCCGGAGUGGGUGGAGGAGAGGUUCAGGAUCGACAGGAAGAAGCUGGAGAACAUGUUGUAUGCUCCCAAGCAUGGAGAUGGGGAGACAGGAGAGGGGUUUUUUGAGAGAGUGAUGAGAGAAACUGACACUCAGGUGAAAUGGCCAUCCAAGCUGAAGAUUGGAGCCAAGUCAAAGAAAGAUCCACACGUGAAGGUGGAGGGGAAGAGAGCCAAUGUUUUGGAAGCCAAAAAGAAGAUACUAGAAGUGCUGGAAACCAGGGUCAACAAGGUGACGCUAAAGAUGGACGUGGCCUACACAGAGCACUCCCACGUGAUUGGGAAAGGCGGUGGGAACAUCAAAAAGGUGAUGGAGGUCACAUCUUGCCACAUCCAUUUUCCCGACUCCAACCGACACAACGGUUCAGGAGAGAAAAGCAACCAGGUGUCCAUCGCUGGGCCGAUAGAGGGAGUGGAGGAAGCCAGGAGGAGGAUCAGAGACCUGCAGCCAUUGUCCUUGACCUUUGACCUCCCAGUCAGCCUGGUUCCCCAGGCUCUGCCAGAUGCAGGGUCCCCUCUCAUCCAGCAGGUGGUGCAGACCCUGGGGGUCAGCGUGAGCUUCAGGGCGAUGCCACCUCACCCCCAGGCACAGCCCAGCUUCUAUGAAAGCUGCUGCACCGUCUGGGGCCUGCAGGGCAACGCAGCUGCUGUCAAGAAGGCGACCUGCAUCCUGAUGGACCUGCUGCUGGGAUCAGAGGUCACAGGAGGUGUGGUGAGCAGUCAGAUGGAUGUCACCUCCCAGCAGCAUCUCUUCCUGCUGGGGCAGAACGGAUCUCACUUCCUGAGCGUCAUGCACCAGACCCAGACCCAGAUCAUCCUCCCCGACCUGAGCGCUCCUCAGAGCCCCCCCUCUCUGCUCAUCCAGGGCAACCCUGACGGAGUGUGUCUGGCUCGGCAGCAGCUCAUGGACUGUCUGCCUGUGUGUUUGAUGUUUGACAUGCGUGAAGAUGGGGAGGCAGAUCCUUGUAUACUGGCUCCGAUGAUGCAAAGCCUGGGAGUCUUCAUUAGUGUCAAGCCCAAAGUAAAACAGACCAGCAAGUCAGUGGUGGUGAAAGGUCUGGAAAGAAACAUCUCCUGUCUUUAUGAGGCUCGCCGUCUGCUCCUGGGGUUGGAUUCCUGUGAGAUAGCCAAGGUAACCGAGUUGACCUCUGACCCCAUGCUGGCCGGCAGCGGGCUGACCAGCUAUUGGCUCAACAUGUUGCUGCAGCAGCUUCGUCUCUCCGAGCAGGGCUCUGGGCUAGCUCCCCCUUCAGAGGUGCAGACUUUUUCCAAGACCCGCCCCUCACCUCCACCGGGUCUCACCCCUCAUGCUGACGAGGGGAGGAUAGGACUCAAGGGAACAGACAGCCGGCCACUGGAGAAGAUCCUAGAAAAUGAGGACCAGUCGGGCCAAUCAGAUGAUGACAGCGCUUAUGACGUGCCAAUGUCAUCUGAGGGGUGUGAUGCAGUCAGCUACAUGAGCAGGAUGGGGCGGAGGGGCAGCCUCCAGGGUCCCGAAGCUACCAAGGUUUUCACCCAGGGCAGACGCCACUCAACAGGGCAGGCGCUAACAUACAGAUUGCUGAGCGCAGAGAUAGAAGGAGGGAGGAGUGAGCGGAGGAACAGCCUGAGGAGAGAUAUGACACACGCUCAGGAUUUUCGCACUGAGUCAUACACGGCUGAGGAUUAUGACUAUGAGAGGAAGAAACUGCUGGCAAACAGAGCCAUGCUGAGAAAGCCUGUGGUCACAGAGGUCCAAAAGCCGACAGACACCUGGAGCGGCCUCGGCUUCUCCAAGUCCAUGCCAGCAGAGGCGAUCAAAGAGCUCCGCAACAUCAGCCGCCGCAGCUACAAACCCUACCUGAGCAGCAGCAUCAGCCACCAACAGGCACAACCAUGGGCUGCUCAGAUGGGGAAGGUGUUCAACCGGAGCAACUGUGAGAACUGGAGGGACAGACAUGGAUCCACAUCUUCAUCCCUGCCUGUGUCUUCCUCCUCCUCUUCUUUAUCCUCCUCCCCCUCCUCACCCCCAUCUACUUUCACUUCCUCCUCAUCCUCCUUUCCUGCAUUUGUAUCCUCAAUGAAUAGAAGCAGAAAUGACAAACCCUCGGAGAGCUUCCCGAGCAGCAGCAGCUACUUUGAAGGUGGGUGCUCGUCGAGGAGGGCGUCGACCUGCAGCCAGCGGAGCCCCUCCCCACAGAUGAUAGAUGACCUGCCGGAGCUGCUCAGCCAACUUGGACUAAUCAAAUACAUCGAUGUGUUUGAACAACAAGAGAUUGACUACCUGACCUUCCUCACUCUGUCGGAUGAAGAUCUGAAGGAAGUGGGCAUCUCCACCUUUGGAGCGAGACGCAAGAUGUUAUUGGCAAUCUCAGACCUGACCAAGAGCAAGAUGAGGCUCUCAGACACACCUGCUGUGAAGCCUGGAUACCUGGAGGGCGGGGCCAGCGGUCGACUACCGCCAAUCAUUGAUCUAGAAGUGGCUGCUCAGAGUAAUCACUGGUGAGAGGAGACCCCCACCAGCACUGAGCUCCAUCCAACUGACGUGGAGAAAUUCAGCCUCUAAGAAAUUAAACAGUGAUGCUGUUGCCAGUGCAGAGGCCUGCUAGUUAGUCACCAUAACUGGAUAAGCCUAUAUUUGCCUGAAGAGCAGCAAACAUUAUGUAACAUUUUUUUACUUCUGUGCCUUUAAUCUACAGCCAUACCCCAAAGUGUUUUAUACGAAAUUAAGACAAGGAGGUCUUCCCUUCCAAACCUCUGAUUCUACAAGAAACAAAAUGUAAGAAACACAAAUAAGACCAUGUUCAUCAUGUGUGUUCCUUUCAUCCUCAGAAAGUGCCUUUAUUAUGCAAACUGUAACCCCAUGCUUUGGCCAUGUGUUUGAGUCCAUGUUAACCACUACACUUAUGCAAUUGUAAAUAGAUAUUUAAAUUUAAAAAAAGGACAUUGUAUAAUGAUAGUGAUAAUAAAUACAUGUUGCUCUCAA